AGGUAAGUCAACAUUUUAUUAUUGCACCUCCUAUAAAAAAAGUUCUGAGUAGGGUAGAAAUAGUGUUGAGAUACGCUGAGGUACGAUUAAUGAGCUGUAACUCCAGAAAGACACUUAUCACCAAGGUCCAAGUUGAGCUUUCAUGGGUUGAGCUCUGUAGUGAUGGAAGCUUGCAAGAGAGUACUACUCACCCGCAGAUUUAUGGGACUACUGGGAUUUCUGGCCUUUACAUCUCUUUUCUUGAUGUUCUUUCAUGAAAUGGACAUGACACAACAAACCAUAGCAGAUGAGAAGAUGAAUCGCACACAAAACCUGAGAAAGCAGCUAUUGAAUGAAACAUGUGAUGGUGACAGAGAGGCUUUUUCAGACGGCAUGAGUUUAAUGGAGCUGGACAACUUCAUCGUGGAUGACACUCAUGGUAUCAUCUACUGCUACAUUCCCAAGGUUGCAUGUACCAACUUGAAAAGGUUCAUGUUUGUCCUCAACCAGAAUCAGCUCGAUCUGGACCUCAUGUCUUUAUCUCCUUACUUCAUCCACAACAUGAACAAUUUCACUCUCCUGAGCAGUUUUCCGAGAGCAGAGAUCAGGGCAAAGCUGAAGCACUACACAAAGUUCCUGUUUGUGCGGGAUCCAUUCGUCCGUCUCAUCUCUGCCUACAGAGACAAGAUGCAGAACAAUGAGUACUACUAUGAAAAGAUUGCCUACAGCAUUCUUCGUCGCUAUGGCAACCUCUCCCAGUCAUCACAGACAGCAACCAAGGCUUUUGCAUCAGGGGUGCGUCCUUCAUUUUACAACUUUAUCCAGUACCUGCUGGACCCACAGACGCAGAAACAGCCCUUUGACCCUCACUGGAAUCAGAUGCACCGCUUGUGCCAGCCCUGCCUCAUACAGUAUGAUUUUGUUGGCCAUCUGGAGACUCUUCAGGAAGAUGCUGAUCUCCUGCUAAAGAUCUUGAAGCUGGAGAGCGACAUAAAGGUCCCUCCUGGCAAUUAUAAUGUGACUACCAAUGGUUUUGUUUGGGGCUGGUUUAGAACAGUGCCACUUGAGGACAGAAGGAGGCUGUACAAGCUCUACGAGGGAGACUUCAGACUGUUUGGUUACAGGAAACCAGUUGAAUUACUGGAUGCUUGAGAAAAAAUCAAUUUAAAUACAUAUGCCUACUGGGUCACACAGGAAUUAUCACAACUGUUGGAAAAUAUGCAUUUAAAAAUUGAAGCAUUGUUAGAAUUUUACUGAAUAGCUAUGCGUUUUACACCUCCUUCCUUCUGCUUAGGGAGUACAGGCGUGUGAUCUGAGCAGAAGGUAUGUUCCUCAUGUACUGUGUAACCAUGCUCUGCCCCAGGGUGGACACUAAUUAUUUAAUGAGCUGUAUUCUUCACCUUUGUGAGAGGAAGUUGCCUUUGCUGUAAACUGCUCUCUCCUUGCAAGUAAAUCCUGUAGUACAGUUGGACACAAAUGUGUAGCUUACAUAUAGGGUUCAUACAACAAAGUUUUAAAGGUCAAAAUCAGCAGGCAGCAGGAUAUUCAGGCAUUCAGCGGUCAAACACAGGAAUCUUAACUUCAGCGAUGGUACAGGCAAGGGCAAGGUAAGGUCAAAAAACAGGCACAAGCAAUAACCGGCUGGAUGAGUGCUGGAAUGUUGACUGACAAAGUGAAAGGUACAAACAAUCUGGCAAGGUGACAAGGUGACUGGCUAGACUAAACAUAACAACAAAUAAAAAACAGCUCUGGCAACACGACAGGAAAUAAAGGAAACGUGACUUAAGACCAGAGCUAGAAUUAUAAAUAAAACUGGAAAUGACACAGA